AUGAUGGGAGAUGAGAAACCUCUGGGCGUAAUGGGCAGCAACAGCCGGGAAAGAGAUCGCGAGCUUCUAAUUCCGGUGGCCGACGCCGUUGACCACCGCCGCCAUGAUGAGGUUGGCUCAUCCGUCUCCCUCGCCUCCGCUUCCUCCUCCCAUCAUCCCGGCCGAGAGACAGCUUACAAAGUACUGCGGAGCUGGGCUUCAAAGAAAUUCAUGACUGGAUGUGUCAUCCUCUUUCCAAUAGCUAUUACAUUCUAUAUAACAUGGUGGUUCAUUCAUUUCGUUGAUGGAUUCUUCUCUCCGAUUUAUGUUCAACUAGGAAUUGACAUAUUUGGUUUAGGGUUUGUGACCUCCGUUACUUUUAUUUUCUUGGUUGGAGUAUUUAUGUCUUCGUGGUUGGGGGCGUCUGUUCUGAGCCUUGGCGAGUGGUUUAUCAAGCGUAUGCCAUUUGUUCGUCAUAUUUACAAUGCCUCUAAGCAAAUUAGUGCUGCUAUAUCUCCAGAUCAGAAUACCCAGGCAUUCAAGGAAGUUGCAAUAAUAAGGCAUCCACGUAUUGGUGAAUAUGCAUUUGGGUUUAUCACUUCUUCUGUUGCCCUCCAGAGUUACACUGGAGAAGAAGAACUAUACUGUGUGUAUGUCCCGACAAACCAUCUAUAUAUCGGUGAUAUAUUUCUGGUCAAUGCUAAAGACGUUAUUCGACCAAACUUGUCAGUCCGAGAAGGGAUAGAAAUUGUGGUGUCGGGUGGCAUGUCGAUGCCCCAAAUCCUAUCUACAUUGGAUCAAAGAAUUUCUCAGAUGGAUAGAAUCAGACCUGAUAGAAAAUGA